AUGAGGGUGUCUUGCAAAGGGCUUGGCCUGCACCAGUUUCCAAAGGAGCUUGGCCAGGGAGUUAAGUACCUCGAGAUCUCCAACAACUUCAUCCGAAACCUGUCGAGCAGCUACAUGCCAGGGUUUGGGCAGCUUGAGUACCUGGAUAUGGGCUUCAACCAGCUGGAAGCUGUCUCAGGUAUGACCCUGUCUCAGCUGCCCCAGCUGCGCUCUCUUCUCCUGGGAUCCAACCACCUGGACCGCAAUUACCAGGCGAAUGGGAGAGCCUUUCAUCUGCUGAGGAACAUAGAGGUCCUGGACCUGUCAGCAAACAACCUGGAGAGCCACAUGGCAGGCUGGUAUGUCAGCAACCUCACCAGCCUGAGGAUGCUCGAUCUCUCCAGGAAUAAGAUGACCAGGCUGCCAGCAGAGAUCUUCUGGAGCAUGCCACAGCUGCACGAGCUCAACCUCAGCAACAACUACAUCAUGGAAAUCGAGAAGGGGGCUUUUGAGGGUCUGGGACAGCUGGAGGUGGUGAACUUGGCUUUGAAUUCCCUCUAUUGCAUCUCUGGCUUCAGCCUCAGGCAGCUGCGAGUUUUAAACCUGAGCCACAACGCCCUGGAGCUCUUCUUGUCAGAGGAGGCAGCAGAGCCCUACCUGCUUCAAGUGCUUGACUUGAGCCACAACAGACUUCUUUAUUUUCCAGAGCUCCCCAAAGCCCAUUAUCUCACACACUUAAACCUCUCCAACAACCUUAUUGCUUCCCUGCUCCCAGGCUCACACCAUCCAGGGGAGUUCAUGCUCCCCUACGAAGAGAUGGGGAGGCUGAACAGGACUUUGCACGCCGGGGCUGGGCUGACACACGUGGCUGACCUGGAUCUCAGCAAUAACCGGCUGCAGCUCUUCCCAGUUCCCUUCUUCCACAGCCUGGGCUCUCUGCACAACCUCAGCCUGGCCAGGAACUGUCUCCAGGAGGUGUCUGGGGGGUCUCUGGUUGGUGGGACGGAGCCCAGCGCCGCCCUCCCGCUGCGCUGGCUGGACCUGGGCAGCAACGCCUUCCACCUGCUGCCACACUGGUUUUUUGAUUCUCUGCCCCAGCUGGAAGCCAUCGACCUGGGCUCCAACAACCUCCAGCCUUGUGGGAGCCAGGGGAGCAAGCCAGGAGGGAAUCCGGGAGGGGAAUCUCAUGUGUCAGCCCCAGGAGGCACCUGCACCCCCUUCUACAACUUGCCUCGCUUGAAGCAUCUGAGUCUUCGCAAGAACAACAUCACCAGGCUGCAGCCCUACGCCUUCCACCAGACCUCCCUGCUCUCCCUGGACCUGUCAGGGAACAAGGACUUGUUCAUGCCUAAGGAAGCCCUGGGGGGGUUGGAGUUCUCUCUCCAGAAACUCUCUCUGAGGGGCAACCAGAUGGACAACAGCAAGGCAGAGCUCCCCUGCCUGGGCACACUCCGAGUCUUGGACCUCUCAGGUAAUCUCUUAAGCCAUUUGCCCUCAGGUCUUUUCUGCUCCCGGCUGGAAAGCCUGGAUGUCCGUGACAACAACCUGCUGACGUUGGAAAAGCCGGCCCUGGCGAGCUGGCCCCACAGCCUGCAGGACAUGUCCAUUGCUGGGAACCCCUUCAGCUGCUGCUGGCUGGGCUGGCUGGACGCGCUGCGGGCGGGCGGCGUGGGCGUCAGGGACCUGGACCAAACCCUCUGCACCUACCAGGAGGGGAGCAGCAACUUCUCAGCCAAGAUAACCAGCAGUCCUCGGUGGCUUUGCCCACGUCCCAAGGGCACCAGCCCUCUGGCUCCCUUCAUGGUGGUGAUGAGCCUUUUCAUCCUCGGCUCCGGGGUUUGCUGCCUUCUGAAGACGGGGCAGAAGUUGUCGGGGCGUGUGGGGCUUGGGAGCAACAGGGUGGGGGUCUCACCCCCCUGUCCCAAACCAGAGGAGCCAGCUGACGUGAAGGCAGCAGACAGUGUCACCAAGGUGUAG